GGGAGAGGAGAGGAGAGAGCCGGGCUAGAGCGGGAGAGAGGUGCGGAGCAGAGAUCCGGAGCCGGGAUCCGGAGAGCGGGCGAUCGGACACUGAGGCUCCUCUAGAUCGCCAUGGCUCCGUUUCUGCGCAUCUCCUUCAGCUCCUACGAGCUGGGGCUCCCCCUGAAUCUCCCCGAGAACCAGCAGCCAUUCAUUGCUGUGAAGAUGAAGGAAGCCCUGACCACAGAGCGUGGCAAGACCUUGAUCCAGAAGAAGCCCACCAUGUACCCCGAGUGGAAGUCCUCCUUUGACGCUCACAUCUACGAGGGGCGCGUCAUCCAGAUCGUGCUGAUGGGGAGCCCUGAGGAGCCGGUGUCAGAGGUCACCGUCGGCGUCUCCGUCCUCGCCGAGCGAUGCAAGAAAGGCAACGGCAAAGCAGAGUUCUGGCUGGACCUACAGCCCCAGGGCAAAGUGCUGAUGGCCGUACAGCUGUUCCUGGAGGGCACUGAUUGUCACCAGGAGGUGAGGGAGGAGGAUGGAGCAGUGACGUUGAACCGCAGGCGAGGGGCCAUCAAACAGGCCAAGAUCCACUACAUCAAGAACCACGAGUUCACCGCAGUCUUCUUCCGGCAGCCCACCUUCUGCUCUGUGUGCCGGGACUUCGUCUGGGGACUGAAUAAACAGGGCUACCAGUGUCGGCAAUGCAAUGCUGCGAUUCACAAGAAAUGCAUCGACAAGAUCAUUGGUCGCUGCACUGGGACGGCCACCAACAGCAGGGACACCAUGUUCCAGAAGGAGCGGUUCAACAUUGACGUGCCCCACCGGUUCAAGGUGCACAACUACAUGAGCCCCACCUUCUGCGACCACUGCGGUAGCUUGUUGUGGGGGCUGGUCAAGCAGGGGCUCAAGUGUGAAGAAUGUGCGAUGAACGUGCACCACAAGUGCCGGGGCAAGGUGGCCAAUCUGUGCGGGAUCAACCAGAAGCUGAUGGCUGAGGCCCUCAACCAGAUCAGCAUGAAGUCGUCCACCCGGCGGUCUGACAGCAGCCUCCCCGACAGUGUGGGAAUCUACCAGCCUUCAACAGCUCCGGAUAUGGUUCCGACUCCACAGCCUUUCCCUCCCAACAACCAAUACGGCAAACUGUGGGAGGAGAGUUCACCAAAGCCACCCCAGCGUGGACCCAGUCUACGUGAGGAUCCCAGGAGGAGAGUCACCAUCGAGAACCUCAUCCUGCACAAAGUGCUGGGCAAAGGCAGCUUCGGCAAGGUGUUGCUGGUUGAGCUGAAGGGAACGGGCGAGUUCUUUGCGCUGAAAGCUUUGAAGAAGGACGUGGUGCUGAUGGACGAUGAUGUGGAGUGCACUAUGGUGGAAAAACGCGUGCUGGCCCUGGCCUGGGACAACCCCUUCCUCACACACCUCUACUCAACCUUCCAGACCCCCCCCCACUGUUUCUUCAUGAUGGAAUAUCUGAACCCCCCAGCAGACCUCCCCCACAUCCAGGAGAAGGGGCGCACCCCCAGCCUGUACACCCCCAUGUACGUGGUUGAAUUCUAUGGGGCUGAGAUCAUCUGUGGACUGCAGUUCCUGCACUCAAAGAAAAUCAUCUACCGGGACCUGAAGCUGGACAACGUGAUGCUGGACAAGGACGGUCACAUCAAGAUCGCUGACUUCGGCAUGUGCAAGGAGAACGUGUUUGGGGAAAACCCAGCAACCACCUUCUGUGGGACCCCUGACUACAUUGCCCCUGAGAUCCUACUGGGCCAGCGUUACACAUUCUCAGUGGACUGGUGGUCAUUUGGGGUGCUGCUGUACGAGAUGCUGAUCGGACAGUCGCCCUUCCACGGAGACGAUGAGGACGAGCUCUUCGAGUCGAUCCGUGUCGACGUUCCGCACUAUCCGCGCUGGAUCACCAAGGAAUCCAAGGACCUCCUGGAAAAGCUCUUCGAGCGAGAGCCACUGAAGAGGCUCGGCGUGGUGGGAAAUAUCAAACAGCACAACUUCUUCAAAACAGUCAACUGGACGGCUCUGGAGAGGAAGGAGAUCGAACCUCCAUUCAAACCCAAAGUGAAGUCUGCUGGUGACUACAGCAACUUUGACCGGGAGUUUCUGAGUGAGAAGCCGCGGCUCUCUCAGGGAGACAAGAACCUGAUCGACUCGAUGGAUCAGACGGCAUUCCAAGGCUUCUCCUUCACCAAUCAGAGCAUGGAGCGCAUGCUGAAAUAGCCGAGAGCAAAUCUCCCCACAAGCUAUGCUCCAUGGUUGGGUAAACCCGAGUUGAACCGUGGGGUGAGAGUUAGGAAGAGUUUACGACUCUCCCACUUCUGUUAAUCAUUUCUCAUUGCUGAUUUCUGCUGGCUUUCUGGGAUGCUGGUGACUGUCUGCAUGACCUUUAACCUGCAACUGCUCUGCUGCCAUUUCAUUGCUGGGAGAUGCUGUAAACUGGGGCUGGGCUGUAAACACUCGAUAUAACCCGGAACCAAACGCUGGGAACUCCCUGAAAGCGUGACAGAUAUUUAAAAACUCUCAUCCUCAUCUUUGUACCAAUGUCUUCAAUUAAAAUGUACAUUAUUUAAA